GCACACAAUGAAACUUAAAGAAUUGGAAAGUUGUCUACAACAAGUGGAUACGUUUGAAAAGCCCAAAAUCCUUCUGGAGCAAUAUCCAACGAGUGCACAUAUUGCUGCGUGCAUGCUUUACACGAUACACAACACGUUUGAUGAUAUUGAGGCUAAACUCGUGGCAGACCUGGGAUGUGGCUGUGGGGUUCUCAGCAUCGGUGCGGCGAUGCUUGAAGCAGGGUUAUGCGUCGGUUUCGACAUUGACAACGACGCGUUGGACAUUUUCAAAAGAAAUGCAGAUGAAUUUGAGCUUUCCAACGUUGAUCUGGUCCAGUGUGAUUUGUGUUCAUUGAGGGAAGAAGACUUAAACAACUCUUUUGACACUGUCAUCAUGAAUCCCCCUUUUGGAACAAAACACAACCAGGGUAUGGACAUGAAGUUUUUGAGAGCUGCUAUAACAAUGGCUAAUACCGCUGUGUAUUCACUCCAUAAAACAACAACACGUGAGCACAUACAAAAGAAGGCCAAUGACUGGGGAGUGAAGAUGGAAGUCAUUGCAGAACUGAGAUACGACUUGCCAGCUUCUUACAAGUUUCACAAAAAGAAAUCGGUCGACAUUCAGGUGGACUUUCUACGGUUCUCCAAAGCCUGAAGAUUUUGAUUGGAAUGAACUUGUUUGCCACUGUAUAGAAUAAAUGUUUUCUCCAAAAGAAAUUCAGUGUAUGGCCUUACUAAGAUCCGUUUUCAGUUUUGGCCACCUUUGCCGCAGGACCAUCAGCUUCUUCAAGUUCCCUCUUCGGGGCCACAGGUGCUAGAGGAAAAGCAGAAUUAAUUAACAUUGUUGAAAAAUCUUAUUAUAUACAAAUAUAUGAUCAAGCCUUGAAAUAUGCUCAAUUACCAUCCUCAUCAUCACUAUCAAACUUCGUCUUCUUGCCCUGGUAUUGAGUUCUGCCUUGAUCUCUUCCCCCUUUUCCUUUUCGACCUCCUCUUCCUCUGCCGCCAGAUUUUCCUCUGCCUCCUUUAAGAGAGACAAUAUUGUAAUUAAAGCGCUGAUAAAGAAAUG